AUGAACAGCCCGAUCAACACACUGGCCGACUCGCAAACCCUAUCCUCACAGUUCGAUACAACCCGCUCAGUACUUGAGAACAAUGAACUGCUGGUGACCGAUCGUCUACGACUACGAGUCGACUGUCCAGUGGAGCACUUUGUUCAGAAGCUUAAGGAUCUGUCUUCUUUACUGCACCCCUUUCUUCAAGCUAAAAACUCCUGCCAACCCCUAGAGUUGAGUGAGGACAGUCAAUACGUCUAUUUUCGCUUGGAACCUGACGCCAAUGAGUCCAAGUUGUUGGUCAAGUUACCGUUGCAAAACCAAGUUAUGAGCCUGGUCAAUGUUUUUGAGGAGACUAAUGGUAACUAUCAUUGGUAUCUUCGCAAAACGUUUCAAGAGCGUAUACGUCAGACAUAUUCCGACCCCACAGGCCAGGCCGGCGAUAGAAACUGGUUCUGUCGUCUCUUGGUUGUUUUGGCGAUAGCACAAGCUCAGAAGCCUGAACCAAAAUCACCUUUAGCCCCGAUGACAGUGUUGUCUGGAUUAGAUCUUUUUGGACAGGCUAUCUCAUUAUUCGGCAUUUCAGAAGUGCCAACCCAGGACGAUAUAGAGGCUUUGAAUCUUAUGGCAUUUUACUACUACUAUAACAACCGCCUAAACAUGGCUUUCAUGUACAUCAAGCAGAGCAUUGCACUUGCGAAGCUCCUCUAUCUUGAGAAAGCUACAACAUACCUGGACAAUGAUAUCGAAAUCUAUAACAGAACGCAUCAUUACGCCGUGGAACAUCUGCGGAGGCUUUGGUGGACAGCCUUCUGCCUUGAAAAAAAGCUGAUUACAGCACUUGUCAUAUGCUCUGAACAGACGAACACGUCACAGGAUAUACCACUUCCAUCCUCGGAUAACAUACUGACGGAGGACAUGGCACAAUUCUUUGAUACCGAGGCAUUUCUGGAAAAUAUACAGACGAAAAAAGUGUGA